AGUUCAUGAAUCGUGAUCAUCUUUCGACAACAGCUGUGAUUAUAACGUAUACGUUUGUGUUUCCUUUCUUUCCACAAUUCAUACACUUUGCACAUUCCCUCAGUAUCAGUAGUUCAUAUUUCAGUCAGUUCAGAUUUACCUUCCUGUCGAUGUGAAUUGAAGCUGUUGCGGAAAUUAUAAUAUAGUGACCUCAUCUACCAUACAUGUGAAUUAGUUUUUUUCGUGUUGUCCGAAGGGGCGGUUAGAACCGAUCACGGAUUACCCUGACAGGAAAUAGUUUCAAACACGAUACUCUCAAUAAUCGUCCGCAGGCUUAUUGUGCACGUGAUUAAUUCUAUGUUUUGGUAAACCUCAUAGAGCACUGAUAUAUUUACCACAGCAUAAACUUAAACCAUGAGUGAAAAAAAGAAGCCAGUCUACAUUCAGUACCUAUUUGGAGGUCUUUCCGGAAUUGGAGCAACAUGUGUUGUGCAACCGCUGGAUUUGGUAAAGACACGCAUGCAAAUCUCUGGCUUAGGAGGCGCGGUCAAGGAAUACAACAACACUUUCGAUGCCAUUGCCAAGAUCAUUCGCCGGGAGGGUGCACUGGCAUUAUACAAGGGCUUAAGCGCGGCAAUCAUGCGUCAGGCAACAUAUACCACCACCCGGUUGGGAGUGUACACGUCGCUCAACGACACCUACAAGCAAAAAAGGAAUAAAUCACCCAAUCUAUUGGAAUCGAUGGUCAUGGGUAUGACAGCUGGUGCAGUGGGAUCAUUUGUCGGUAACCCGUGCGAACUAAUUCUCAUUCGAAUGACGGCUGAUGGUCGGUUACCAAUAGCGGAACGACGAAACUAUUCGCAUUUCUUUAAUGCAUUUUACCGCAUUGCUAAGGAGGAAGGUGUUUUAGCGCUAUGGCGUGGAUGUAUUCCUACCAUGGGACGAGCUAUGGUUGUAAAUGCUGCACAAUUAGCAUCCUAUUCGCAAGCCAAGACCUAUCUGGUCAAGAAUGAUUACUUUAAUGAAGGUAUCGGUCUACAUUUCACUGCCAGCAUGUUUUCCGGUUUGAUCACAACGGCUGCAUCUUUGCCAGUAGAUAUUGCUAAAACGAGGAUUCAAAAUAUGAAAAUUAAACCAGGUGAACCAGCACCGUAUAAGAAUACUAUCGAUGUCAUUGUGAAAGUCAUCCGAUAUGAAGGCAUUUUUGCUUUGUGGAAAGGCUUUACGGCGUACUACGCUCGAUUAGGACCACAUACGGUGCUAACGUUCAUCUUACUUGAACAGCUUAACGGUUUCUACAAUCAGCAGUUUCUCGGCGGCCAAGGUCCUAAGUCUGGACUAUAAACAAUGACAUACCUAAAUGAAUUCGGCGCAUGGCAGAAACUCAAUCACCAAAAAUCAGCGAACAUAUAACACAUGAAAACGAAGUACACGCACACAACCAGAUGCAUUUUAUGUAUACAAGCAAACUUUCAAUUACGAGUACAUAUUGCAUUCAUAAUUUUCAAAUCAAAACUCUAUAAACUUAAUUUGUCUGUUAGAUAAAUUGUUAUUAUUUAAUAAAAUCAUUUGUUGAAAUUUAUCAUGGCUAUCGAAUAGAAACGUUUUCUUGAGAUAUUAUUAUGUAGAUAUUGCCAAUAAUUGUAGUCAAACUAUUCCGCCCAUCACAUAGAACAGCCUAACAACGUGAAUUACAAACUACUCUUUUAAGCAUUUGGCUCCAAUCCAAUAAGAACAGAUGGGCGCUUGUUGAUGCAUCGUUCAUUUUAACAAAUUAUUUAUAGCAUGUUCGUAAAGGAAUAUAAAUAAACCCAGGUUGCAUUCACGUUCUACUGCAGGUCAAGUUCUGAAUUACACAGCGGCAGAUAAAUCAGGGCGCCGUUGAGUUGUACAUUGGGAGACAAGUGUUAGUAAGACUAUGCAAUUCAGAGAAGAUUGACUGCCACUUUGAACUUGGUGUCACGACACGGAAUGCUAGCAAUUCGUUGAGCAAGAAAUAGUAAUAUAGAAACAAGUGACAUUUCCUGUUCAUUUUAUUUUAUUAAAGUUCCUCAUUUUUGUUGGUUUUUUCAAAACAUGUUCAACUUGUUGACAAUAAAUAUUUGAUUCGAA